ACAAAAGUACUUAAGCAGCAGGUUUUCGUUUUAGGUUAUAAAAUACAAAAACCAAUUUUAAAUGUUUACUUCUUGAAGAAAACGCCGCAAAAUGUCAAUAAUAUCGAUUGCAUCAACAGUACUCAAGCGAGCUGUAGCAUCAAGAUUUAGCACUAUAUAUAAACCCCUUGUAAAUAACACAAGAACAGCAUCUGGUAGUGUCACAACAAGAACUAUUCAUGAUGUGAAUACAAACGUAGUUAAAGACGUAAUGCUAUUUAAAUACGAGAACCCGAAGUUUUUUAUGUACAUGAAUGUAUUUGCUAUAGUUCAGUAUAUGUUCUGGACAUAUUUGGGAUUGUUUGCAUUCACAACUUUGAGGGACGCGCCGGUCGACAAAUCUACCAUUGACGAUGAUACACCGUGGUUUAGGCGAAUAAACCUCGGCGAAAACAAGUACAGGAAUGCCUUAGGAACUGUUUCUGUUUUGGUUGGUGGUGGCUCACUAGCAAUGAUCUGGAUGUACACACUCCGUUCUGUCCGCUAUUUAGUCCUGAACAAAGGAGGCAAGAGCCUCACAUUCAUCACUUACACACCUUUUGGAAAGAACCGUAUGAUGACGGUACCUUUAGAGAAUGUCUGCUGUAAGGAAGCCAGGAAUAUCGCCAGAGUGCAGUUACCAUUGAAAAUUAGGAACCGAUGGAUGCACUAUAUGCUUGAUAUGCGAGGAGAAUUUAAAAACCCUCUUCUAUUUGAUUGUACUGCAGGAUUAAUGAGAAAGUGGUGAAGAUUGUUGAUUAUAAGUGUAUUGUUUUAUUUAUUGUAAAUAUAGCUUUAGUUUUGUUUUAAAA